GGUGCAAGUGCCACCGAUCAGAGAGUUAACAACACAUGACUGUCAGACGACAGAAACACACAUUUGCGUAACCGGGGGCAUGUUCGCGACUAGUACUGGUAAAGGCUGUCUGUUGGACGUGAUUGGGCGCCCGUCAAAUGGUAGACCAAUCCCGGACCCGUGCACGGAGAAGGACAAAGAUUGCAGUGUCUCUCCUACCACCCCGCUCACUGCGUUCUGAAUAGAUUAGAUAACCCCACUAGUAUGGACAGAUGCACUGCAUACAUACACAGAGUGAAUACUAGUAAGAGAGAGCAGACCUACCAACAAAUUCGCAGCUAUUAAAGAGACUUUAACGCAACUUCCAUGAAAGUCAACCGAAUUUACAGGUGUGCACGUGAUCCAUCAGGUUAAGAACAAAGAAAUUGUUCGAAAGUCCAAAGUGGAGAAUUUCUUACCACAGCAACAGCGUGUGUUCCUGAAUUUUUAGAGGUGUAAAUGUAGUUUUAAAGUUACAAAUGUUGUGAAAACAAGUGAAGGAUGAUGCCAGCAAUGCUGUAAGUUGUCCUUGGGUGUGGAGGUGAGAGAGUCUACCAUCAUGCCGUGCGCCCCAGGGGACUCCUGGUGCCAGCAGACAGACAGGGAGAGACGCCAUCUUGGAUUCCACUUGGCCUGUAGAUGUGUCAAGAUGGCUUCUUCUGCCAUAGACUUCGAUGCUGUACCGGACUCAAUGGUUAUUCCAGCUGAGUUGGAGGUCAAGCGAUCGGGUGUAUCUACAAAAAAUGGAGUGUGGUGCAAACGGAGCAUUCCUAAAGGAGUGAAGUAUGGACCUUUCAAAGGGGAGAAGAAGAAGAAGUCUCAAGUCACAAAUCCUGACUACAUGUGGGAGAUCCGUACAGGAAAAGGCUGGUUCUGUGUGGAUGCCUCCGACCCUACCAAGGGCAACUGGAUGCGUUAUGUGAACAGUGCCCGGUACUUCGAGGAACAAAACAUUGUAGCCCUUCAGCAGCACCAGAGAAUCUACUACAAAACCAUCAAGGAGAUCAAGCCAGGAGAAGAGCUGUUGUGUUGGUUCAACUCAUCCGAUACAGCACAACAGGAACUGGCAAUGGAACACGCUGGAAAACCAAAAGCAAAGAAGAAGUCCAAAUCUUCAAAGAUAUUCGGAAAAGUAGUUAAGAAGAGGAAAGGAAAGCAAGGGAAGGCUGGGAAAGCAUCAGUGACCGAAAACAAGUCCUCCAGCUCACAGGAGGACCUUACUGCUGACACAAGCAUUGAGGAAACAACCCUCGACGAGAGUGAAGCCAAAACAGACGACGACUCCCAAGAGGCCGAUACUGGCACAGAGUUAUCUGAAGAAACAGCUGAGGACACGUCUAUGGAGCAGGAGUCAGAGACUCCGGAUGAAGACGACCUACCUAUAGCAUCGCUACGGAAGCAGCAGCAGGAAACGCCUGGGAAGAAGCAGGAGGAAGAAGAAACAUCAGACGACGAGAAACUCGUGAUUGACGAGGAAAGCAGCAGUGUUGCAAAAGGCGAUGAAAGUGGGAAGGGCAGUAGUGAUCCUGCUAAACAAGUCGUGCCCAAACCUUUCCCUUGCACGCAGUGUGGGAGGAACUUCUCCACCAAGCAGGGCCUGGAGAGGCACCUGCGGACCCACUCCGGGGAGAAGCCAUACAAGUGCGGGCACUGCGGGAAGCAGUUCACCACCUCCACGAACAUGCGUCGCCACGAGCGCCUGCACACGGGAGACAAGCCGCACGUGUGUCAGGAGUGCGACCACGCCUUCAUACAAAAGGGAGACCUGAAGAAGCACAUGAUGUCUCAGCACGGCAAAUGGGAGGCAGACAGUGUAGGCGAGUCUGAAAAGGAUAGCCGGGAAAAUGGCUCCAGUCCUCAGAGUACUCUCUGUCUGAAGAAGAGCGAAGAGAAUCCAGAAAGCGUCAAGGAGCCUACGCCAACAAAAGACGGCCAAAGUGACGCAGAGAAGGAACCCAAAGAAGACACUUCAUUGGACAUAACACCAGAGGCUGUCAGUGAUGCUGACAAACAAGAUCUUGAUGAGGAGAAUGAGAUGGAAGGAGAAGAAGAAGGGAAAACGGGGAAAUUUGUAUGUGAAAUCUGCAACAAGCGGUUCACCAAGCACCCCAACAUGACUCGCCAUAGAAAGCUAGCCCACGAGAGGGACCAGAUCAUCCGGAAGAAGAAGAUACUCGUGGAGGAUCUGUUGGAGGAGGGGGAGAGACCGAAGAAGAGGAAGAGAGUUGGGCAGGGGGAUUCUCCCAGGAGUCGGUCCAGUACACCCGGCGCUCACCCAGGAAAGGGCGAGGAUGCUGCACAGUACCUGGACGGGAGGCUGGAACAGAAGGAGCAUCACCACAUCGGAAAGCUGUCCCCCAAGCGGAUUGUUGAUGGCAGUUCAUCAAAGAAAAAGAGUCCAGUUCGGUCUGGACAUACAGUGAAGAUCCACGUUCCUCGUGCCGUCAGGCCGCCAACAGGAACCCCCGAUCGUGGCCCUAGGCACAUGAAGUCACCCGGCAUGGUCCCUGGAGCCGUCAGUCCGUACACACAGGGCAGCUCUCGGCAAGGUGCCGCCGCAGUGCAGAUCACAUCCCCCCCGUACGGCAGUCCCCAGUACAUGUCAGGGAAAGGGAGGAGGAUGCUGGAGCCACCGCCGGCUCACUCCGGCCCGCUGGUGCCGCCUCACCAAUCCAGCAGCAACAGGAGAACUGACAGUCCGCCGCUCCGAUCCCCUCCUGCUAAGCAGUCGCAGGGCCAGAGAGACCCGCAACUUUCCCACAUGCACCACCCAGAGCCACGCGGGAGAGGUCGGGCACCGCCAAACGUAGUUGUUGGGGACCAGCAGUUGUCUCCGAUGCAUCGCCAAAAACAGCGUCCAAGAGGGCCCGCACCGCCCAACGUAGUGAUGGCACAGAGGGCCAGUUUCCUGGCCAGGGGGGCGGCGGCUGGGGCCGGUCCGAGGAAAAGGGUUCCCUCUGUGCAGGCCAGGAACGUUGCUGCACCGCAGCAAGAGCAACCAAAACACACCGCCUCCCGGACUCCCACGAUCGCACAAGUUGCCAAACACUCCCCAGCUCUCCAGAAGAUGUACGCUGCCUCAUUUCCGGACAGGAUGGUCAGCACCUCUCAGAACAUCCGUUCGCAGCAGCUCAGUUACCUGGCUAGCCGGGCAGGAACUGUCCACUAUGGCUCAAAUGCCCAAGGCCCAUUUGGUCUGUCCGCGCCAACUUUGCAACAGUUUCAGUCUUCCCCAUCACAUCAGCAUUCUAGUAGCAGUCAAGGUGCAAAGAUGCCAAGUGCAGCAUGGUCAAAGGGCAAGUCUUUGUCAAGGGAAAGCCAACCCCACAGGGUAAAAUCCAGUCCUGAGCUUUAUUCUCACAUGGUUGACAGUGAUCAGCCGUUGGAUCUGUCGGCACCGUUGAAGAAGAUGGUUAAAGAAGAGCUGGUGUUUACAGACGACGGUGUCCUGGAUCUCAGCGGGAAGAAACAGGCGGAUACGCAGCCUGCCCACGCCGCAAAACAACAGUCUCCUCCUGGUGUAGGUUUGUCCGAUCCCAACGCUGUGGCUUCGUACAUCAGCAGAGUGCCGCAGUAUAUAGAGAAGGCCUCCACCUACGUCUCCGGUUCCAGCCCUGCGAAUUCUGCUGCGGGCCGUGGCGCCAGCCCGACGUUCGGCCUGGGAAACCUGUUCAAGUGUAACGUGUGCCACAUGCCGUUCAAGUCCAUGAAGGACAUGAACCAGCACGUGUCGGCACACGCCAAGGAGUGGCCCUUCAAGUGCGAGUUCUGCAUCCAGCUCUUCAAGGUCUCCUCCGAGCUGUCCCAGCACCGCGCGUCUCUUCACGGCGUCAGCAAAACGUUCAUGUGCUCCUUGUGUAACCGCGAGUUCGGUUUCCUUGGCAACCUGCAGAACCACCAGAGGGACGUCCAUCCCAACAUGCCUUGCAGCUACACCGUGCUCCAGCCCGGCGCCCUGCGCCCACAAAACUUCACCGACCCGAGCAAGUCCACUCCCAAGAAAGAGGAGCUGAAGCGCCAAACUGAGUUCGGUUCCCUCAUGCAGUCUCCGAAGAAGGACCAACUGGACGGGAAGGGGAAGAUCUCCCCGAUCAAGCCGGUGGACACGUCGCAGGACAUCAAGAGGAACUUUGCGGGAUAUGCCAUGAACAUCAUCAACCCUGAGAACCCCUUCAACAGGCCGCCGCAGCUGCAGACAUCAGUGUACAACAGCGCCAUCAAGUGCACCAAAUGUGGGGCCACGUUCGAGAGCAUGCCAAACCUACACAUGCACAUCAUUGAUUGUGCAGAAGGUAAGAAGAGCUCUCCUGGUCCCAGCCCAGCCAAGAAAGGCUCCCCAAACAAGGCUGCCCAGGGAAGCCUGGUCAAGAAGCUGGGAGGGCCUCGCAAGCUGACUGACGGAGAGAUGGCGGCGAUCAAGAUCAAGAAGAAGGCCAAGAACCUCAGCACCAUGAACCAGAAGAGAAAGAAGGCUCAGCAGUUUCAGAUCUCCUAUGACCCUAAGAAGUACACGGGCCGUCGCCGCCUGGCUACUGAGAUGCUGGACCUGCACAAGUGCCCCGGCUGCCAGAAGAACUUCAGCCACUUCAGCAACCUGCAGCGCCACCUGCUGGUGUGCCCGGGGAAGGACAAGAUCGACAAGGACGUCUUAGACGCUCACCUGGGCGCCUUGAAGGAAGACGAGAAAUCCAGGGAGCUUAAGGAACAGCACAUGUGCUCCAACUGCAAGAGGUCGUUCACCUACCUGGCCAGCCUGCGGAAGCACCAGCAGUCAUGUGACAAGAAGUUUGCGGCAGCUGCCGAGGGGAGGGCCGACGCAGCCAACCCCGGCGCUCUCCCACCUCUGAAGAAGAAGAGAAGCAAAGGCAGAAAGCCGGCACCAGUAGAAGGACAGACUACAGAAGACUCAAUGUUGGAAACAACAGAAACAGAGGACACCGGGUUAGAGGAAUACGGUGACACCUCCGAAGAAGGCGGCGUUCCUCCUAUGAAAAAGAAGCGAGUGAUCGGCUGGAAGGGUGGAAGGAGAAAGAAAAGGAACUUCUGGUGGAAGAAGAAGCGUUCGCAGAUGAAAGAAGACGGUACGGAGGAGGGUGACGUCCAAGGAAAUGGCGAAAGCUCCCAAAUCCUCAACAUCAUGAGGUCCAUGAGCGACGAGCUGCAAAGCCCCACUGAGCCACCAGAGGGCGCUAAUUUUGGAAACGGAGGAGAACUGUUGGCACAGGGGGAGGAGGAAGCAGGAAUGGCAGGGCAAGGGCCUGGGGGUGACUACAAUGAGGAGAUGAAGGUUUUUGACGCCAUCGAAGGGAUUGCAAAGAAAGUAAGCGGAGGAAAAGAACCGUCUAGUAAAGGAGCCGCAGGGAAAAACAACGGAGAAAAUAAUAGUAACAAUAACAACAACAACGCCAGAGGAAACCGGGCGGUGAGGACCAACGUGCCUUCUGCGUCCGCUGCUAAGGCCGAGGUGGGUCAGGGUGACGGCGCGAAGCCCUCAACCAGUCAGGGACCGUUUAUCUGCGGAGACUGCGGGUCAGAAUUCCGCGCGAAAUGCCACCUGGUACGGCAUAGCAGCGUUCACAUGAACAGGCCCUACAAGUGUAAGAUAUGUCACCAUUCGUUCGCAGCGCAGCACAACUUCGACAACCACAUGAGACUGCGCCACAAGAACACCACAGCCAAGGUGGAUAAGUCUUAGUCACAAACAGUGUAUAAAACUUCUCACAUAAUUAUGACCACGGACCAAAACUUGAUCAUUCUCAGGAAUGAGUAAGAAUCAUUUUCAUCUUCUACUUAGUUAUUGUUUGAAAGGAAACAACCACUGAUGGUCUUCUCUCACCAACAUUUAAAAAGAAUGUUCAGUUUCAAAUAGCAUAUAUACUACCUGAUGAAGUUUUUUCACAGAACUAUGUGUACUUAUGAUUGUUUGAUGUUUUGUUCUCUAUUUAUUUCACUAGAGCAAUUACAAAUGAUUUUCAGGUUAAUUUAUUACAUGUAUUGUGGAAAUUUCACCUUCACUUUUGGUUUUGAAUACCAAAUAUAUUAG